AUCCGUUCUCCACACUGACUGAUGACGAGGUGUUGGUGUUAUUCUGUUUUCUGUGUUCUGACUGCGGUCCUCCUGACUUCACUAACACAGAGUGGCUGGACAUACUUAAUGAGAUACGACAGUACGCGUACGUUCAACAGAACGUGUACCGUAACUAUAAUCCUGUAACAAGUGAGGAAGCACAGCAGACUCUGGACAGACUGAAGUCAAGUGAUUACCUUUGGGAAGAUCAGGACAAGAUAACGGAGGACACAAAGGAUGAGACAAUGUAUUGGAUAGCAUCAAUAGACAUUAAUAUACCAAUCUAUCACAGUAGUUAUAACACAGCCAGUAUGUACCUAAGAUCAUUAGACUACAACAGAAAACCUGGAGAGAAGUGUGUCACUAGUAUUGACCUUGUCAUUGAUAACGUACUGAUACGCCGUCUACAGAUGAACAUACUGACUCACGUCACCAUGGAGGACACGGAUAUAUAUGAUGAGAUACACAAGAUAUUGAAUAUUUCAAACCAGAUACUAAAGGAGAGUGAGGAUAAAAGAAAAGAGUUUCUAUCGGAUCUAAGAAGAGAAGGGGAGGCUGUACAUUACGGAGGGAGAUCACAGGACAGUGUCGAUCACGUGACGUGGCUCUGGAGAUACGGGAGACCUGACAUCGUGAGAUCCUGUAUAGGUCUCCAUCCACACUGGGAUAUUUACAUCAUCGACAACAAAGCUUACAGAAAAUCAAGUACGAAAAUUAAUAUAUUUGAAAUGUUUUAUUCAGGUUUAUUACAGUUUCUAACGUUGGAAUUUUACAGUAAAAUUAUUAAAAAUGCACGAAAAAAAGAGAGGGGGGGGG